AUGUCAAUAAUCCCUCGAUGGGCGCCCGUCAAGCAGUUUCCCAUCACCAAAAAGCUUCACGGAGUCCUUCCCAGGAGCAAGGCGGGGGGCAACAAACCGAAUAUUGUGAGUGAAGGUCUAUGUGACGAUAUCGUGGAGCGCCUCUCCCCGUUCCUCCGGCGAAAAGCUCCGGUCGAUAUCCUCGAUCUAUGGCCUGGGCCCGGCCUCUUGUCGUCCAAAAUAAAUGAUCUUUUGAAACCGCGCAGACAUGUCCUCAUUGAGCCAGACCUUAAAUUACACAAGUCCUUCCUCGAACCAUUGUCCGAACGAUGCCCAAGCUACAAACUAGCUUCGACGGACCUAACCGCUGUACGAGAUUGGAAAACUGUGCUUACUGAACAUUUCCCCGAACAAGGGCCACCGAGAAAGAAGUCCCAAGUGGCCCUACCAAAAAAUAAUACGCUCCUAGUCUUGGCCAAUCCCCCGGGUCCCCGGAGCACGAAGGAUCAUUUCAGCGGCGCACGAUGGAUGUCAGUGUUUUUGGAGGAAUGUAUGCGGCAGGCUGGUCUUCAUUCCUACGGGAGCGUACGACUACUGGCAUCGUUGUCUUCACAGGAUGUGUCAGCGGUCCUUCCACGCCACAUCAGCGCCCGUGUUCGUCCGUCACUCUUAGCUGAGCAGGUCGCACUUCAUACAUUCGAGGUAGCAUCCUUAGUGGAUGACACAAGGGGCUCUUGGGGUUUUCAGAAGCAGUGGGAUGUGUUGGUUGACGGCACGGCGCGCGUCGAGAAGAGGGCCUCGAACAAAAGAGUCAUUGUCCCUAAAGGCAGAGCAUACCCACCAAUCGAACAGGCACCUGAGAGUCCACUACCCGAUCGAAAGCAGACUCCUUACGCUCCGCGCGUCAAGACCCAACAGAACGAGAGAUACGUCGAGGUUUUCGAAAAUUUUAACAAUGCCGACCCAGGACACGACGACUACGAGAAGCUCAAAAAGGGCUAUCGACGCGCAUGUACCCUGCUCCUGCAAGAAAAUAGCCAGACCUACCAGCGCGCCAACCUUGUAGCUAAGCAAAACGAAAUCGACGACCUUAACAAAUCUAUCUCGCGGCGCGCGGCAGACCCCAAUACCAAACUAUGGGCUCUGGAACGCACGGUGACGAGAAUCGAAAAUCUCCGCCAAUCAAUGAAUGAAGAAAUGUCCAAAACGCAUUUUGAUAUCACUCGCGCACUUCCUCAUCUCAUGGAUGAUCGACGCGCCGCCUUUCACACAGGAGACUUCGACGACGCCCUUCUCCUCUUCGACCGCCGCCCCUUCCAACCUCUUAUCAUUCAUCCCGACGAAAUAUACCCGCGCGAAGUCUACCGGACCUUCGCGUACUUCGAAGCAGACCCCAACCCGCCAGCAGUAGUGCGCCUGAACCGCCUGGACCACAUCAAACGAGAUGUCGCAACCCGGUUCUUCACAGCCUUCACCAACUCCCUACAAACAAACAACCUCCUCACCGUCCCAACCCUAAUGGAGCUUUUCUUUCCAAACCACACGGCAAACUCCAUCAUCAAGGCUAUCCCCAGCCUCGCCCAAUACGCAUCCAAACGCCCUAAGAAAGACUACGAGUCUCUCCCUACGACCCUGAUUUCAGACUUUGACAAACACCCUGAAGACCUACAGUUACAAACGACCAAGCGCAAAUCCACAACAGCAUCGGCGAAAUCAGCACAACCAAACCCGAUAUCCUCCUACCAGGAAAACCUCGACUAUGAUCUUAGCGACGUCCGUUGUCGCAUCCUCUCCAUCCCGACACUCUGGGAUCUGUCCAUAGAGUACGCGGACACAGGCUCGGACGCGUCUGCUGUGCAGCUGAGUCGGUUAUUGGGGGGGUCGAUGACAAGUGCACAAACCAGAGAGUUCCUCACUGAUGGGACGAGGAAGAAAUGGUGA